AUGUUUGGUUAUGUGUAUGAUGACAUAAUGCAGCUUCACGCAAAUCCAUACGAUCCGAAAAAAAACACUCAAGAACGACCAGAACGAACCGUGUUGAUUUAUUCCAGACUUCAGCAUGAUGGCUUACUUAACAAUGCUACACAAAUUGAAUUGCGUCCAGCUGAAGAUUGGGAACUUAACUUAAACCAUCCUAAAGAACUGAUUGAAGAACUUGAAAGUAUGCAAACAGUUCAAGAAUUGGAAGAGUAUUGUAAAGGUCAUGAACUACUUUGGCUUUGUCCUGAGAGUGUUCGAAUUGCUCGUUUAGUAGUUGGUGGUGUGAUUGAUUUCAUUAGAGCUAAUAUUGAAGGAAAAAUUUCUAAUGGUUUUGCUAUUGUUCGACCACCUGGUCAUCAUUCUUAUGGAAAACUUCCACAAGGAUUUUGUAUAUUUAAUAAUAUUGCAAUUGGUGCUAAAUAUGCAAUACUUGUAGUAGACUUAGACUAUCAUUGUGGCAAUGGAUUAUAUCAUUCAUUCAAAGGUGAUAACCGAUUUUUAUAUGUAAAUUUUCAUGCUUAUCACUAUGGAGCUUUCUGGCCAUAUGAAGAAGAAUAUGAUUACGAUAAUAAAUUUGUAUCUAUUCCUUUAAAUAAUGCAAUGAAUACAGAAGGUGAUUAUAUUGGAGCAUUACGACAUCUUGUGCUACCAAUUGCUCGAGAAUAUGAACCUGAAUUAGUGAUAGUAGCACUGGGCUUUGAUAGCGCAUAUUAUGAUGAUCUGUUGGAACAUGGACAAGGCAUUAAACGAAUGAAUCUUCCAAGAAUUCAGCAUCCAAAAUAUAUUAAUGCUUGCAUGUCCGAAACUUUGUGGAAUAGUUUGUGUUAUCAUGCUAAACGCUGGAAAAAUGUUGCAGUACAUCUCGAAAAAUUGCAACGCAUGCAGGUUGAAUAUGGAUUACCACAAUAUGAACCACCAUCUAUAAAAAUUUUUCUUGGAAAUGGUUUCCGAAAAUUGUGGAAUUCUGUUCAAGAUAUGAAAUUAGCACGAACACGAGACUGGAUAAAUGGCAUGUCAGAAGAAGAUAUGAACAUUGCAAAGGAAAAAAUAAACGAAUAUAUUCAACAGUAUGAAUUUGAUACUGAAACAAAUGAAUUAAAUGAAAAACAGUUUCUUCAACAAUUACUUUGGCAUUCAGAACGUCGUGGAGAAGCAUUUCUGAAGUCAAUUCCGACAACUUUAUUUUUUUACAAAGGUAUGCGAGACUGCAUCAGCGAGACUAAUGGCCAGUACCUGAUAAUUGAUAUGUGUGCAUAUCGUCAAGCUUUACAUACAUCAUGUAAUGUAGAAGAUACCAAUGAAGAAGAACAGUAA